AUGGAGUCCAAGAUCCCCGAUUUCCUGGCCGAGCAGCAAGCACAAGGCAGCCCGGAGACGCAACCCUACUUCCUCACCUUUGAAGACCUCUGGGAUCGCAAGCUAUGGCACCAGCUUACAGACUCGCUGGUUGAAUUUUUCCGCAUGCCAGAGAGUGCCCCUCAGCGGUUAGCCAUCUUCAAGACCUUCGUGCUCAGCUUCUCCGACCGGAUCAACCAGCUCAAGUUUGUGUCGCUGGGUUUGAUGGCCGCAACAGAAUGCCAAGAUGACCAAGAACGACUGGGUUUCCUCACAUCCCUCGCCAGCAAGGUAGACACAGCCGAUACACAGGAUGCAUACGUCUAUGCGCUCGCCGACGUGGCAAAUGUCAAGUUGUCAUUGAAAGAUUUGGAAGGAGCACAGAAGGACCUGGCAACCUGCCAGCGGGUGCUGGACACUUUUGACUCGGUGGAGACCGUCGUGCACGCCUCAUUCUACAAAGUGAACGCGGACUACUACAACGCCAAGCAAGAAUUCGCCUCCUUCUACAAAAACGCCCUCCUCUACCUUGCCUGCAUAGACCUGGAAGAACUCACCGAGCAAGAGCGCGCAUCACGCGCCUACCACCUCAGCGUGGCAGCCCUGGUCUCCGACACGAUCUACAACUUCGGCGAGCUACUCCUGCACCCGAUCCUGGACUCCCUGACCGAGACCCCCCAUAAAUGGCUCCGCGAGCUUCUCUUCGCCUUCAACCGGGGCGACUUGACAGCCUACGACGUUCUAGCCGGCAACAUUAGCAAGGACAAGCUGCUUGAAGCGCACCGCGUAUUCCUGUACCAAAAGAUCUCUCUGUCCGCACUGACGGAGAUGGUCUUCCGUCGCCCGCCACACGACCGCUCUCUCUCCUUCCAGGCCAUUUCAUCCGAGACGAAGGUUCAGCCCGAUGAGAUUGAGCACCUGGUUAUGAAGGCUCUGUCACUUGGUUUGCUGCGUGGGUCGAUUGACCAGGUUGCUGGUGUUGCGCAAAUCCAUUGGGUUCAGCCCAAGGUUUUGGAUAUGAAGCAGAUUGAUGGUAUGCGCAACCGUCUUAAGGACUGGGAUGCUGGUGUUAAUCAGCUUGGUCACUGGAUCGAGGGUGUUGGAAAGGAUGUCUGGGCUGCAUAG